AUGAAAUGCCGGGGCUGUGGGUGGCUAAUACUAUUGUUGGCCGAGUUUAUCUAUGGCGCUGCCGCGUCACCUACAGCGGGGCCAGUGGCGCCGAAGAUAACGCAGACUUUGGAGUGCCGCAUUAUACAGGGUCCCACGGCACUUCUGGCGCAAUUCGUGCUGCUAUGCAUAGUCCUCACAGCAUUACUCAUCAAACGGCACCAAGAGCGGCCCCGGCGAGCAUGGACUGUUUGGCUACUGGACGUCAGCAAGCAGGCUUGCUCCGCGGGAGCAGGGCACCUGUGCGGCAUGGCCAUUGCCGUUGUUGCGCAUAAAGCGGCAACGCAGGCCUCUGAGUGCGGAUGGUACCUUGUAGUAUACCUCAUGGACUGUACGUUGGGCAUUACGUUGGCCAUCGUUUUCCACCGCCUGAUGCACCGGGCUGCGCGGUGGCGGCAUAGUCAGUUGAUGGCGGCUCGGGACCGGGAGCACGAGCACCCCUGGACGGAGGCGCUGCUCGAGUCGGGGAAUUACGGGGACCCGCCGAAUGCGAGGCGCUGGUUGAUUCAGGCUGCCGGUUGGGUUACUUGUGUGGUGACCGCCCGGCUGUCAGUGGGCGGCACUGUGCUGUCCACUUUGAAGGUGGUGGAGCGAAUGGCGCUGGCGCUGGACCGGGCCUUUGUCGGUCAGCCUGAGGCGGAGCUGUUCACUGUCAUGGUGGGGAUACCCAUGCUGCUGAACGUGGGACAGGCGUGGAUUCAGGACCAGGUGCUGAAAUGGAGCGCGCGGCGGCGCAUCAAACGUGGCGGCGACGCCCUGAGCGCCUCGGGGGAUGUGACGGCUCUUCCCCACGGCGGCGGCGGCUGCGGAGGAGGAGGAGGAGGACUGCUCGGCGGCGCCGGCGGCGGUGACGUCGCCAUGGUGCAGGUGCUGGUGCCUGCGGGACGGAACCGCGGCACGGCAGGCGAGAGGGUGGUUACCAUUGCUUCAUGA